AUGGCACAGAGUGGAAACGGAGCAGCAUGUGAGAGUGAUGUUACAUCACUUGGUACCGGACAAGAGCUGAAUUUUGAUGAUGACACACUGAAAGGUAAAGAUUCUUACAACUGUUAAUAGUGUAUAACCAAAAGGCCUCUAAUAUAGCAAACUAAGGACAAAUGAAAAAAAAAUUAAAAAAAGACAAAAAACCGUCAUUUGAAAACAUUCAACAUACGGAAGUGGUUAAAGAGUCAAAGUUGACAGUAUCUCUACUAAAAGUGGGUUUUUCAUUUUCUUUUUUUUUUCUCUAGAUAAGGCUUUUCGUAGAAUUUGUGGUCGAGUUUAUCACGUGUCGCCUAAUGAAUGGUUAUUUUGGUACUAGUGCUUUAUAUACAAGUAAAGAUAGUGUCAAUUUACAGCGUUAUAGCGGGGCUCCCGCGCGCGCGAAGCGCGCGUGGGACAGAGCCCCAUACUCAUGGAAUAUGGUCAAACUCUUUUCCUUUGGUUGUCACGUGAUUGACCGAGCGUACGUACGUACGCGUCUACAGAUUGUAAGGGUGGGGUAGGGGAGACUAUCAAAAGGAAGGGAGGGGUGUCUCCGGCGUGUCUUUGCAAGUCCACAUCUUUAAUAUAGGAUUUUAGGACAUUCACAAUAUGGUCAAUUGACAGCUGUCAAAACAGGAUAGCCACUGACCAGUAUCCCAUGACCAUAUCGCGGGCUCAUGUGUCAACUCAUCGAGGUGACGUGAUAUAUUUGGAAGCUGUCCGCUGACCAGUUAAUUGUUUUACUAGAUCGCGAACAAUGUUCAAUCUCAUACUUUUACUAGUUAAACUGAUAAUGCACACAUAUUGGACAUCAAUGUUUUGAUCAAUUGACAGCUGUCAAAACAGGGUACCCGCUGACGAGUAUCACUUGACCGUAUCGCGGGCUCAGGUGUCGACCCAUCGAGGUCAAGUAUUUUUUUGGAAUCAUCCGCUGACAAGUUACUAGUUUCCAGGUGAUCGCAGGCUCAAGUUCAAGUUUUUUCUAAAUUCAUAUGAAAUAUGUUGUGCUUAUGUGUAGCCUCCCCGCAGACGUCCGUUGGGGUUCGUUUGUCACGCAAUCAUUUCUCCGUCGUCCGUUGGGUUUCGAAAUGAAUGCGUGACAAACGAACCCCAACGGACGUCUGCGGGGAGGCUAGUUUAUGUGCUACACAAUUAAAAUUUUGAUUGCAAACUGACCUCGGACGCGAAAAUUCAGCCAGCUGUUACAGGCAGGGAAGACAGUUGCUUUUGACUUUUCUCACCAUGGUCACGCGUUGGUCACGCUCUACGUCCAAUUUUUAUGCUCUGAUUGGUCAAAAUUUGACAGGUGAGUUCAUGCGGAAAAUUUAUGCAGCAUCUUGAAUCUUGUUUACUUUGACAGCUGAAGCUGACAGAGUUUUGUGUCAACUUGUGAUGUUUUUAACUGUCUUUUUCCACUGGAUGUGCAAAAUGAAAUUCAGCUGCUAUCAGGAGUCCUCUGUUAUUCAUGGCUAGUUUGUUUAUUGGGUUUUUGGUUGAGGAAUACGUCGCUUGUCAAAGUCGGAAAUCCGAUUUCGGAUGGCAUCGUUUUCGUUUUCACCUUGUUUGAUGCGUAAGAGCAUUGCAAAGUCUGAAGCGAUACUGGCUUUUCUUGAUACCUUUCAGGAGCUGCAUCUCGGAGUGGAAACGGAGCAGCAAGUGAGAGUGAUGUUACAUCACAUGGUACCGGCCAAGAGCUGAACUUUCCUGAUGGCACACUAAAAGGCAAGUAUUCUUACAACUGUUAAUAGUGUAUCACCAAAAGGCAUUUAAUGUAGCAAACUAAGGACAGAUGACAUAAAAUAAACAAAAAAGGCAAAAAACCGUCAUUUGAAAUUAUUCAACAAACGGAAGUGGUUAAAGAGGCAAAGUCGUUAAACAGUAUCUCUACUGAAGGUGUUUUUUUCAUUUUUUAUCUGCAUUAGGCUUUCCGUAGAAUUUGUGGUCAAGUUUAUCAUUUGUGGCAUAAUGAAUGACUGUUUUGGUACUGGUGCUUUACAUACAAGUGAACAUAAUGUCAAUUUAUAGCUUUAUACUGAUUUUCCAGAUCAAACCAUUAUGGCACAGAGUGGAAACGGAGCAGCAAGUCAGAGUGAUGUUACAUCACAUGGUACCGGACAAGAGCUGAACUUUGAUGAUGACACACUGAAAGGUAAAGAUUCUUACAACUGUUAAUAGUGUAUCACCAAAAGGCCCUUAACAUGAGAAAUUUAUGGAGAAAUGAAAUAAAAGAUACAGAAAGGAAAAAACCGUCAUUUGAUAACAUUCAACAUUUGAUACAUGAAGACUAAAAGUAGUUAAACAUUAUUUCCACUGAAGGUUAUUUUUAUUUUUUAUCUAAUAUUAGUUAAUACUAGUUAAUAGUAGUCAUUAUUAUAUGGAGGAGAGUGUUUUACUGGGAACUAAACCACUCGUAGAUUCCAUACGCCACUUCAUCCGGGACCCGAGUGGCGUAUUUUCCGUAUGUCACCUUUGUGAGUGUCGUAUCGUUCAAUUACGUCUCGAUUCCCGCCUUUUGCUUUUGUUGAAAUGGUUUCUCCAUAUAAUAAAAAGAACAUUACAGGUUGGCUCGAAGAUAUGAAUUUUAUGUUCUCGUGGCAAAAACAAUAUCUCACGAGUGAGCGAAGCGAACGAGUGAGAUAUUGUUCUUGCCACUCGAACAUAAAAUUCAUAUCUUCUCGCCACCGUGUAAUAUCCUCUAUAUAUUAAUUUAAAGCUUUUUGCCGAUUUUUCCAGAUCAAACCAUUAUGGCACAGGGUGGAAACGGAGCAACAUGUGAGAGUGAUGUUACAUUACUUGGUACCGGACAAAAGCUAAAUUUUGAUGAUGACACACUGAAAAGUAAAGAUUCUUACAACUGUUAAUAGUGAAGGACAAAUGAAAUAAAAUUUAAAAAAGACAAAAAACCGUCAUUUGAAAACAUUCAACAGACGGAAGUGGUUAAAGAGUCAAAGUCGACAGUAUCUCUACUGAAGGUGUUUUUUUCAUUUUUUAUCUAGAUUAGGCUUUUCGUAGAAUUUGUUGUCGAGUUUAUCACUUGUGGCAUAAUGAAUGGCGGUUUUGGUACUAGUGCUUUAUAUACAAGUGAAGAUAAUGUCAAUUUAUAGCUUUAUACUGAUUUUCCAGAUCAAACCAUUAUGGCACAGAGUGGAAACGGAGCAGCAUGUGAGAGUGAUGUUACAUCACUUGGUACCGGAGAAGAGCUGAACUUUGAUGAUGACACACUGAAAGGUAAAGUUUCUUACAACUGUUAAUAGUGUAUAACCAAAAGGCCUUUAACAUGAGAAAUUUAAGGAGAAAUGAAAUAAAAGAUACAGAAAGGAAAAAGCCGUCAUUUGAUAACAUUUAACAUUUGAUACAUGAAGACUGAAAGUAGUUAAACAUUAUCUCCACUGAAGGUGAUUUUUAUUUUUUUUCUAAUAUUACUUAAUACUAAUUAAUAGUAGUUAAUAUUAAUUUAAAGCUUUUUGCCGAUUUUUCCAGAUCAAACCAUUAUGGAACAUGGUGGAAACGGAGCAACAUGUGAGAGUGAUGUUACAUUACUUGGUACCGGACAAGAGCUGAAUUUUGAUGAUGACACACUGAAAGGUAAAGAUUCUUACAACUUUUAAUAGUGAAGGACAAAUGAAAUAAAAUUUAAAAAAGACAAAAAACCGUCAUUUGAAAACACUCAACAUACGGAAGUGGUUAAAGAGUCAAAGUCGACAGUAUCUCUACUAAAAGUGGGUUUUUCAUUUUCUUUUUUUUAUCUAGAUUAGGCUUUUCGCAGAAUUUCUUUUCGAGUUUACCACUUAUGGCAUAAUGAAAGGUUGUUUUGGUACUAGUGCUUUAUAUACAAGUAAAGAUAGUGUCAAUUUACAGCUUUAUACUGAUUUUUCCAGAUCAAACUAGUAUGGCACAGAGUGGAAACGGAGCAGCAAGUGAGAGUGAUGUUACAUCACAUGGUACCGGACAAGAGCUGAACUUUGACGAUGACACACUAAAAGGUAAAGAUUCUUACAACUGUUAAUACUGUAUCACCAGAAAGCCUUAAAGAUUGCAAACUAAGGACAGAUGAAAUAGAAUAUACAAAAAAGACACAAAACCGUCAUUUGAAAUUAUUCAACAAACGGAAGUGUUUAAAGAGGCAAAGUCGUUAAACGGUAUCUCUACUGAAGGUGGUUUUUUUAUUUUUUAUCUAGAUUAGGCUUUUCGUAGAAUUUGUGAUCGAGUUUAUCACUUAUGGCAUAAUGAAUGGAUGUUUUGGUACUGGUGCUUUAUAUACAAGUGAGGAUAAUGUCAAUUUAUAGCUUUAUACUGAUUUUCCAGAUCAAACCAUUAUGGCACAGAGUGGAAACGGAGCAGCAAGUGAGAGUGAUGUUACAUCACAUGGUACCGGACAAGAGCUGAACUUUGAUGAUGGCACACUGAAAGGUAAAGAUUCUUACAACUGUUAAUAAUGUUUCACCAAAAGGCCUUUAAGAUAGCAAACUAAGGACAAAUAGACUGACGACAAAAAAUCGUCAUUUGAUAACAUUCAACCUUUGAUACAUGACGACUGAAAGUCGUUAAACAUUAUCUCCAUCCACUGAAGGUGUUUUUUAUUUUUUAUCUAAUAUUAGUUAAUACUAGUUAAUAUUAAUUUAGAGCUUUUUACCGAUUUUUCCAGAUCAAACCAUUAUGGCACAGAGUGGAAACGGAGCAGCAUGUGAGAGUGAUCUUACAUCACUUGGUACCGGACAAGAGCUGAACUUUGAUGAUGACACACUGAAAGGUAAAGAUUCUUACAACUGUUAAUAGUGUAUCACCAAAAGGCCUCUAAUAUAGCAAACUAAGGACAAAUGAAAUAAAAUUUAAAAAAAGACAAAAAACCGUCAUUUGAAAACAUUGAACAUACGGAAGUGGUUAAAGAGUCGAAGUCGACAGUAUUUCUACUGAAGGUGUUUUUUUUAAUUUUUUAUCUAGAUUAGGUUUUCGUAGAAUUUGUGGUCGAGUUUAUCACUUGUGGCAUAAUGAAUGGAUGUUUUGGUACUAGUGCUUUGUAUACAAGUGAACAUAAUGUCAAUUUAUAGCUUUAUACUGAUUUUCCAGAUCAAACCAUUAUGGUACAGAGUGGAAGCGGAGCAGCAAGUGACAGUGAUGUUAAGCCACUUGGUACCGGAGAAGAGCUGAACUUUGAUGAUGACACACUGAAAGGUAAAGUUUCUUACAACUGUUAAUAGUGUAUAACCAAAAGGCCUUUAACAUGAGAAAUUUAAGGAGAAAUGAAAUAAAAGAUACAGAAAGGAAAAAGCCGUCAUUUGAUAACAUUUAACAUUUGAUACAUGAAGACUGAAAGUACUUAAACAUUAUCUCCUCUGAAGGUGAUUUUUAUUUUUUUUCUAAUAUUACUUAAUACUAAUUAAUAGUAGUUAAUAUUAAUUUAAAGCUUUUUGCCGAUUUUUCCAGAUCAAACCAUUAUGGCACAGGGUGGAAACGGAGCAGCAUGUGAGAGUGAUGUUACAUCACUCGGUACCGGACAAGGGCUGAAUUUUGAUGAUAACACAGUGAAAGGUAAAGAUUCUUACAACUGCUAAUAGUGUAUCACCAAAAGACCUUUAAUAUAGCGAACUAACGACAAAAAAAUAAAAUAUACAAAACUGACAAAAAAUCGUCAUUUGAAAACAUUCAACAUACGGAAGUGGUUAAAGAGUCAAGGUCGUUAAACAGUAUCUCUACUGAAGGUGGUUUUUUUCAUUUUUUAUGUAGAUUAGGCUUUUCCUAGAAUCAGUUGUGGUCGAUUUUACCUCUUGUAGCAAAAUGAAUGGCUUUUUUGUUACUAGUGCUUUAUAUACAAGUUAAAGGGGCUAUGUCAGCUGGAGAGCAUGUGCUCUGAGGUUAUGCAAAUUACUUUCAACUGUCAAAAUUCUAUUGUUUUUAACGCGUGACUUUCUCCAUGUGCGCUCUGAGGUUAUGCAAAUUACUUUCAACUGUCAAAAUUCUAUUGUUUUUAACGCGUGACUUUCUUCAUGUUCUCUGUCACGUCCAAGGUUCCGAAUUUAGAGAGGUUAACAAGCGAAAUGGGUUUAGAUAAGGGAUAUUUCGAUAGAAUUUAUGGAACGUUUCUUCUCUGGUUAUGCUAGAUCAAGAAUAAAAUUGUGACGACAAUUUUACUUGUAGUUUUGAAGUAAAAACGCAUGCCAUUCAUAAAAUAGAGCGCAAACAAAAAUUCAACUACAACAUAUUGUCUUAUUCAACAAAAUAAAUGGAAGUUGUAUUUUACAAACGAGCUACAAAAGACGCUAGACCGAAGAUAAAGACCAAGACUGUUUCAAAUCAUUAGCAAUUAGACUUGUCUGUCGCUAUUGAUUUUAUAAUUUAGAUGCUGAUAGAACAAGAGACCAAGUCUUUGUUUUGAUCUUAGGGAAACAUACAUUAUCGCGCAAAAUUGUUCGAUCGUGCCGAAUCACUGCGACGUCGAGAAAAACAGAACCCAGUAUCAUUGGUAUACUACUCCACUAUAAGCAGUCCGUUGAUAAAAAGGGAAAGUAAACUCUGCUAUUUUCCAAAAUUAUGCUCGAACACAAACAGUUCAAAAACAUGGCAUUUACAGGAUCUAACUCGUACUAAGGUGUCUCUCUAAGUCCGUUGAGAACAAUCUGGACGAGCAAACGGUCGUGUUUAUCUUUGCCGUGAAUCGAGAUAAAUACAAGAAGGAAUCUAGCCGAAUUUUAGAAUGUUUCCUUCGCCAGGAGUUUAGUUUCGUCACGAAACUCAUGGCCUGAUGCUCUUGUAAUCGUUUACAAAAAACGGCCGCCGCCAACUCGAUAGCCGCUUCAUUAUAUGUCCACAUACUUUGAGUACAAGAAAAAUCCAAGAGCCAGCAGCCUCUAAAAUAACUCAAUAGAAAGGUCCUGUGAACUAUAGGGAAGAUUCCAUCAAAGAUUCCAUCACUCGUUGUGGAGUAGCCGUCAUUAACUCUGCCAUUACAACGGCCGCUGAUAAGAGGACACAGUAAAUCCACGUAAAAACAUUCCACAGGCAAACAAUUUUAAAAUAACGCCAAAAAAUUGUUCUGUAAUCACCACAAAACGAUUCUUAAUACAAAACUUCGCUAACUAUAGAGCGAUGGCUGAGAUUUAGACAGAUAAAAACAGCCUUCCAAAAUCUCCGACACAACUUGAAAAAGUUGGGCUGUCUUUUUCAAGUUUGUUUUCAUUGGCUCGCGCAUGCGUGUUGUGUGACAUAGCCCCUUUAAGAUAAUGUCAAUUUAUCAGUUCGGGAGUAUGCCAGUUUUGGAAGAAGCGAAAACAAUGGUCUACGUCACCAACCAUAACAUGAUCACCAUGGCGAUGGUCAUUUUCAAAACAUACAAAAUGGCGGACAAGGGAGAGGAGAAGAGAGAGUAUUGACCAAAAUUCUCGUUUAUUCUUGCUUUAUCGAGCCUUUUAUUUGUCUUUUCGUUACUAUGAAUUGGGAAGUACCUUGAGGACAGGGAGUAACCAUUCUUGCGCUAUAGUUCUUCGCUUAUCGCGCGCUUAGUAGGCACUGCGUACUCACUGCCGUAUGUAAUCAGUACAUCGAAAAUAGGUAAGCACGCCAACAAGUUUGUGCCUAUUUAUUUCAUUAUUUUUUUAUAUCAUAAGGAAAAAAGAACGCUUUGGAAACAACUAAAAAGUGAGUUGUUCUAUAAUUCAUUUCCUUAUGUUUGCUUUCACAGUAAGUGUUAAUGUAAUUUUUCCCGUUGCUUCUGUUUCUCUCCCGCGAGUGAGCGACUGGCCGGAGAAGACGGCUAUAAUUCAGGUUAUUGUUUUUGUGCAAGCGAGUCAUUUGUGAGUAUAAUAUCAGUUUUUUCGAAUAUGAUGUUCUGUUGGUUUAUGUCUUAAAGCGGUUCCGUCCAGGUAUACAACAGGUUUACAAGGGAUUUCUGAGGGUAUUUGUGCCCUCGUUUUCUUCUUGAAAACCCACAAAGUGAAAAUCUUACAUAUCAUCCCUGAUCAUUUUUGUUUUUGUCCCGCUUCAAAAAAACCUAUUGCUUUCAAUUAUUCCACUUUCUGAAGUUCACUGAUUAUUUGGUCAAGCUUAACAAAUGCAAGAGGCUCUUUAGAAUUUAAUAAACAUAUUGGAAAACUAAGAAUUAUGCUUGUUACAUGCUUUUGGAUCUAUUGAUUAAAAUGGGACACUAUAGUCUUGUAGUCCACCGGAUUUGACCGGAGGUCAGAGAUCAACAAGGUUAUGGUUUGUUAUAAAAUAUCCUCUUGUAUGGGAUUUGAUGUUACAUCCGAAUAAUACUAAAUUAUUGUUUUUAACUCUGGAGUUGCCUUUAAACCAAAGGCAUUGUAACUUUGAGGAGCACUUUUCUCCAAGUCUUCUCUGUGGGGACCCUCAAACAAUUCUAUUAGACAAGUUUUGCCCCAAAAUAAUAAUGAUUACUGCACUUGGCAUGGACACAACAUAAGUUUUCCAAAGUUCUUUUUCAUAGCCCGUUCUUCAUGUUUCUAUUGAACAGCACUUUCAAGAAAACAAAGCUCACACAUCAGAGUAAAGAUUGUAAUAAAAGUUAUUUAUUGUUACAUUUUGUUUUUUGUAAAUAAACAUUUGAUUUUAGGUCCUGACAGUUAAUUCUUUCCGUAUUACUGUUUUUGAUUUAUUUCUGACCUGCAUGACUCGCUGCCAUGGCUCUCUGGCUCGCAUAUUAUACACACUCUUUUAUCUCAAAAUCUUGUUUUUUAACACCUUCUUGGACAUGAAAACCAAAAACCAAAACUUAUUUGAUAUAAUGAAGACAGUAGCAGCUGACAUCGAUUUUCAAUAGUUAUCUUGUGAGAUGUCUCUCAUGUAUUAUUUAUUAGGGAGGAUGAUUUGUUGAAGACGAUGCAUUAACAUAGAUGCUUUUUCAUCAAGAGAAUCUCAAUAAUUUAGGAUUUCUUCAAACACACACAUAUUCGACAUUAUGAAAUCAAAUGUGGGCUUAUUGCUCAUGCACAGGGAUUGAUGGGGCAGAGUGGCAUUUUUCAUGUUUCAGAUUGACCUUUUGCACAGCACAGGGACUGAACAUAUUAUGUAUUUGGCAUCUGUAAAGUAUAAACAAUAUUUGACGCGAGGGAUUGAACAUUAUGUAGAGAAAAUCUUCACAAGCCUCCACUUCCAUGACUCCUUUCUCAUCUAUCUCCUUUAAAGCCCCUUGAAUAAAGGCCACAGUCUCUUCUAUGGUUGAAUGGUCAUUGAGUGUGAGCUUCCACUCACAAGGUAUAUAAGCCCCCCGUCCAACCUGUUUCCCUCUUCCCCAUUUUUGAAAGGGUCAAAGGAGGGGCUUUUGAGGUGGGUAAGCCUGUGACCACACUACAAAGAAACAAAAAAAAAACAUGAUUAAUUUUAUUGAGGUAGGGUUGAAUUUGGACAUUAAAUUUUUCAUUACAGUGGAACAUAAGGCGAACCUAAAGCAAUAUUUUGCCCUCAGAGUACAAAUAUGUCGUUCUGAAGAUAUUUAGCAUUUUGUCUUCCUGGUUCCUUUUCCCAGCUUUUUGGCACAAACGCAACAACAUGUUUGUACUAUCUCCAGAUGUUUGUGUACAUUUUGGACGGACAUCCUGAUCAAAAUAAAAGAAAUCAAUAUAAGAACCUACUCACACCGAUUUAAAACUCAUUCCACACACAUGAUCUGGAUCAAUAAAGUGAUUUCUAGAUGAAAGUCGCAUACAUUGCCGGUGAACACAACCAAAAACAGACCUGAUCGAUUAUAACUAAAACUACACAGACAGACUAAGGCAUAACCAUCAAUAUUAGUAACCCUUCCUGUCCGUUGGCAAUUUUCAAUGUGUGGUUGCCAUUUUUCCUAGGUUGUUGCCAUCGAUGAAACUUUGCCUGAACACACUUUACAUGUUGUAGUUUUGAGGAAAAUUAGUCUUGAUUUCGUAAAAAUUCGGCAAGAUACUGAAAACUAAACAUAAAUUCAUGUACUUACAUUCGAUACCCGUCAAGAUGGCGGCGGCGGCGGCGGCGAAGGCCAUUUGAAAACUGUCGCUUUUAACUACCGAAAUGUGGCAGGAAACGUCCCUUGACUUUAAAAAAGCAAGGAGAAGGCUUCUUCAUCGGUACUGCUAGCUCGGAAGUCCCAGAUAUUGAACGAGGAGACCUGCAACAGGCUUUGAAAAAAGCUCCCUUGUUUCUUGCUAUUAUUUUUUCCUAUUUUUGCGUGUUUUUAGCAGAACAAUGGAAUCAUGACGUCAUCGCUUCUUCCAAAACUGGCAUACUCCCGAACUGUUUAUAGCUUUAUACUGAUUUUUCCAGGUCAAACCAUUAUGGCACAGAGUGGAAACGGAGCAGCAACUGAGGGUGAUUUAACAUCACUUAGUACCGAACAAGAACUGAACUUUGAUGAUGACACACUGAAAGGUAAAGAUUCUUACAACGGUUAA